CCUGUGACGCCACGGCGGUCAGAGCAAGUUGGCUCGCGCUGCAUCGUUGUGCAAAACGUGCUUUUAGUGUCAAAUAGUAAACAACCAAAGAGGACAAGGGUUACGAUCGCAUGGCACUUGAUGUAAAUUGACAGACUGCUCGAUGUAGCAGGUCGCUAGUUGGUUUGUGUCUAUGGUUUGGAAGUGACAGAAGGCAUAUUUGUGCAGUUACAGUUUGGGUCAUCAGUGCUGAAGUGCUGUGCUGUUGACACAGUUAUGCUUUGCUUUUUUGUAUUCAUUUUAAACGCUUUCUUUUUUGCAAUGCCAGCUCUCCGCAAAAUUGGAUAUAAUUCUUAGCCACACUUAAGUUUCCAGUGGACAGCUCGAAGAAAUGGACUGCAUCCAGAACAGUAUGCAGAAGAAAGCGGCAGAGCUGGAACGCAUGGCGGAGGUCCUGGUUACUGGAGAGCAGUUGAGGCUCCGGCUUCAUGAAUGUAAAGUGAUCAAAGACCGCCGGCACCACCUCAGGACGUACCCCAACUGCUUUGUGGGAAAGGAGCUCAUCGACUGGCUGAUGGAGCACAAGGAGGCCCCUGACCGGGACACUGCCAUCAAGAUCAUGCAGAAGCUGUUGGAUCAGAGCAUCAUCCACCAUGUUUGUGAUGAGCACAAGGAGUUCAAAGACAUGAAGCUCUUCUACCGCUUCAGGAAGGACGACGGCACCUUCCCCCUGGACAAUGAGGCCAAGGUUUUCAUGAGGGGCCAGAGGAUAUACGAGAAGCUGAUGAGUCUGGAGAACGGCUUCCUGCAGACGCGAGAGGAGGAAGGCGUGGCGUUCGAGCGCACCCUGGUGGCCUCCGAGUUUGUGGACUGGCUGCUGCAAGAGGGGGAGAUGGCGGCCAGGGACGAGGCCGAGCAACUGGGGCGGAGGCUCCUGGAGCAUGGCAUCAUCCAGCACGUCUCCAAUAAGCACCACUUUGUGGACGGCGGCCUGCUCUACCAGUUCCGCAUGAACUUCCGGCGGCGGCGGCGCCUGAUGGAGCUCCUGAGCGAGCGCAUCAAGUCCAUCCCAGAGAGCUACGACAGCCCCUUCUGCCUCCGCAAGCAGAACAUGGAGGGGGGAAACACCAGCUUCCUGUCAGUGAGCCCCACUAAGGAGAUCAGGGUGGUGUCUGCGGUGCGGCGCAGCAGCAUGAGCAGCAGCUGUGGCAGCAGUGGGUACUACAGCAGCAGCCCCACCCUCAGCAGCAGCCCGCCGGUGCUGUGCAACCCCAAGUCUGUACUGAAAAGACAAGUGAACCCGGAGGAACUGCAAUCCCCAGGAGGCCCGUACAUAAAGAGGACAUUCACGAUUGUGGGGGAUGCGGUGGGCUGGGGGUUCGUGGUACGGGGCAGUAAGCCCUGUCACAUCCAGGCUGUGGACCCCGGUGGGCCGGCAGCUGCUGCAGGCAUGAAGGUCUGUCACUUUGUUGUGUCUGUGAAUGGCCUGAAUGUCCUCCCCCUGGACUACCGCACCGUCAGCAGUCUCAUCCUGACUGGGCCCAGGACCAUCGUCAUGGAGGUGAUGGAGGACCCUCACUCUUGUCAGCAGGGCCACUAGCCAAAGAAAACGCCCCCCCGGGAGUGAAGCAAGGCUCGUGUCUGUCUGUGUUCUACUGCCCUUCUUGACAGGCAUCCUCCUCAUCCAUCUCUACUCCUCUCUCUCUCUCUCUCUCUCUCUCUCUCUCUCUCGUCUCCCGUGCUCCUUCCUCUCCAGGCUGAGGGGAGGACAUGAGAGCGGAGGAGCGGAGGAGUGGACGUCACUCAUCAGUGUAGAGAGGACACGUUCCCUUGUGUGCUUGACUCAUCGAAACCCCCACUGCUGCUGAGACACGGACGUACCUGAGGAGUGUUUGGUCCCAGGGGACUUAAGGCUACCUAACUUUUUUCUGAAGGACACCAACCAUUUGUACAUUUCGACAUCAGUGUGGUCUGGGACAAUGCAGACCACAUGACCACAUAAACACCAACAGACAUUUUCAGCAGAUCAUCACCUGGAAAGGUAUCGCUUGUUUUGUUUGUAGAAUAAACAACUAGGGAAUCACCACAACAGAUCAGAAGAAUGGUGCUGGAUCAGGUGUGCAAUGCCAGUUUGUGGCAAGCACAAUUACGGCCAUUUUGAAGGUGCACCGCUGUUACCAACUGUGAUCUGUCUUGUAACAAUGCGUGCAACGUUCAUUGAACAAAGCACUAUGCUGACACCGUGCACCGCGCCUCGGAGGCUUGGAUACCCUGUUGGCACUGGAUUACCACUAUCAUGGGGUAUUGAUUGCCAAAGGCAAACGCUUUGAGGACACUGCUUUGUGACAAUCAAACGAGUCGACUGGGACGCAUGAUCAUAACCAUAAUGUCAUAACCUGCUCUUUCACUGAGUACGUUCUACUCAGUGUCAUCACAAUGCAGGAACAAAUCUCUCAGUUAAAACUGUCUAAUGAAAGUUCACUGUAGUUCCAUAUUAGACGAUAUGCAGUUACAGAAUUGACAACAUUGAAAUGUAAUUCAGUUACAAAGCCUUUAUAUUGCAACUAUCAUCUGUCUGUUCAUGACCUAUUGCAGUUAGUCCAAGUUAAUGUGGGGUGGACGGGGAGUUUUUCCUGGCCUGUGUCAGACACUGAGAGGAAAACAGCCUCGGCAUCGGGCACCAGUCCCAUUGCAGGUCAAGCACACAGACGUGCACCUACAGCACAACACAUUCACAUUCAACAUUCACAACUGUGGCCUAUUUAGCGGGUUUUUUUCGGUCUUUGGACGUGAUGAGACAGGAGUGGCUGCGUGACCACAGAGAGAGAGAAAAAAAACAGGGUAUGUGAACCUGCCAUCCGUGAGCAGAGAAUGCCAGUGUGCCGCUUUCAAAACUGAAACCCACCCCUUAAACGGUCCCCCCUUUUGACCUGCUUAAUGAUAUACUGUUAAGUGGUUGCUUUACUGUAAGCAACUUUCAUAAUAACAAAUGCCAAAGCCGACAGGUUUCAAACAAUUUUGUGUAAAUAUUGCUGCUAUUGGUCAUCUGUUUGUAGAGGCUGAAACUGCAGGUGUACACAUGUUGAUAUAGCAUUUUGGUGUGACAACGUCCAUGUCUGGUUGUGGAAAACCAUUCCUGGAGAUGAGGAGAAAAGUACGAAAACCCAUUUUGUAUCUAUAAGAGUUGUGUUAACACUAUCAUUCAAAUAAAAAGAGAAAGUCUCUGUGGGUAAUAUCUACAUAUUGCCGACGGUUUUGAACUGGAUGCAUAACGACACCGUGCCUAUAAUCACAUCACUAAGUGUAAAAAUAGCUAAUUCAAGUUAGAAUCACAAAUGCCAAUCAGUCAACUUAAAAUGUCACUCUUUAAAGGGAAUAUAGUGGGGUCUUCUGAAGGCAGACACACUUCAGAAAGCAUUCAAGUGUCCAUAGAUAAACCCUUAUUCUAAUCAUUAGUGUUCCAGCAUGUGAAACAUAAGAUUUCAUUUAGAUGGAUUUAUUCCUAUGGCAAAUGGACAACAUCCCUGGUGUUUUUUUAACGUGACAAUACUAUUGUGGACCAUUCCGUUAUUAAUACCAUCUCUGUGGCCCUCUACCUGCAGAGGUUGCUCAAGGGAAAAUCACCUGACUCCAUAUACACAAUGCUAUUGAUCUUUCUUGUGGGAAGCGGUUCCCCAUAUGCCUGUGUAAUUGGAGUGUGUUGUCUCUGCGUUGUGUUGUGUUGUGUUAUGGUUGGUAAACAACGUGAAGCCACACCCAGUCUGGGUCUCAGUGCUUUUACACCGAGGGGGGGGGGGCGCUAAGAUCCCCAGUUAAAGUCCAUAAUGUGGGAACAAAACCCAUGCUCCACCCACGCCACUCCCCCUACUCCUUGCUGGAGCGUGGGAAAAUACAAAUACACACAUAGGAAUUGCACAAACUCAACAAGAAAACACAGCCCAGGAGUGGGGAAAUUCAGGGAAACACCCUCAGCCCUGCUGUACCUGUGUUUAUCAUGGCCCCUUUAUGAGAUACCUGAUGCACACCAGAGAUCCUGGAAUGUAGAGAAAACUGUUACUGUUAUUUGUUUUCUGAGUGAUUUUCGCUAUUGUGAAGAAGCAUUCUUCUUUUGUGAAUGUAGUGCUUAAAAAUGAUGUUCAUGGUCCAUAAAAAAAAAAUCCUGUACUGUAACUCACCAUUUUACCAAAACAAAAUUCAAGGAAAUCCAGUUCAUAAUCCUACUGUAGAUUGAUGUUAAAUUUAUAAGUCUACUGUGAGUGAACAUUUAAACAUCCAUGUUGUCCCUGUUACAUAACCUUUGGGUACAAAUAUUAAAGCAGAGUGCUGUUAUUUGAUAAGCAAAAAUAUAUUAACUUUAUGACUAUGUGUCACAUCAGACCAUACAUCAACACCAUAAAUGGCAUUUUAAUAUAGAAAUCAUAUUUGUGGUAGUGUAAAUACAGAAUACAGGAUACAGAAAAUAUAAAACCGUAGAUAUUUAAAAAAUAAAGCAUUCAUACUUGCCAACAUGACAAUAUAUAAAAACUGUUUAGAAACAUUUAAAAAAAAAUAAUUUAAACCCUUGGAACAGUGUGUAAUAUGAUCCAAAUAUAUUUGAGUAUGCAUGAUAAUUAGACACAUACAAGGAAUGAAAUACUGUGUUCAAUUUGUGCUUACUUCUAACGAAUCUGUGAGCAUCACCUGUAAAUGUUGUUUUGCUGGUCCGUGUGUCUCGUAGCGGACUGUGACAUUCUUUCACUGGUUCUCUAGUUGCCUAGUUGCUCUAGUCUGAUGUCUUGUUUUUGCUCACUUUAUUCAGUCUUGAUCCACAUAAUGUGAUUGUGAAAGUGCUAACCCCAUGGCCUAAAAGUGUAUUUAGGUGCAUUUACAGUUAAAGAAAACAGUUCUAGACCAAUUACAACAACAAUUACAUUUGAAAGGCGCCAUUAAAAAGACAGUAUUUCUCAGUAUUACCACAUAUUCUUGCCGUUCUAUUUAUCUCUCCUCAGUUUAAGGCAUUCAAUAAUUUCUUCUUUCAUCAGGUUUUUAGCCAUGUCAUAUUUCUAGCUCAUGCGAACUGAGCAACAAAAAAGGUUGACGAAACACCAGUAUUUCUGAGAAAGUGUAAGCAAUUUCACUUAAAGAGUCACUUGAAUAUUUUCUUGUUAGAAUGCAUGAAGAAACCUUGCCAAUCUUCAAACCGGGUAUAUCUGUCCUCACAAUAUCUGACAAUGACUGUUUGCUUUUCUCGACACAACACACAGUAAUUCUGUAAAUCAUACAGCUACAAACCUGCCAUGUUUGAUCCACCUGUGAAGAAGGAUGACUUUGCUUUGUGAAUCUUCCACAGUCCACAGUCAGCUUUGAUGGGUUGUUUAAAAUGACUGCCUUUAGGGGUUUUGCUGAAGCUGUCAGAUGUUGGGGGUACUGAGAGGUAAAGCACUCCUCCUCAGUGUGCUUCGGGAGUGGGAGCGCACAGAGAGCAGAUGGAACGCUCCCUGGUGCCACAUCUGUCUUGCGCUGCAACUCUUUGCCACGUUUAAAGUUUGUUCAUGAGCAGAUUUAUUAAACAUCCUCUGUUGACUCA